UAGCAAGAGUCAUCGUUUUGAUUCCAUCUCUGAUUUUGAUUUCGUGUUAAAAUAUACAAAACUCGAGUUAAUCGAUACUGAUCCGGAAAAAAUAUAUGCACAACGGUUACGGUUACGCGGAGAGGAUAUGCAGUGCUAAUUAAGUUGUGAAAAACGAAAAGCCGGCUCAGCAGGAGGCGAAACACAUUUUCCAAACGCAUCAGAUGUAAAUGAGAUGCCGUCGCGCCGGCAGCAAGGGCAGCAGCAAGCAAAACCACGCCGACAUCGCCACCGGAAACAUCAGGAGCCGCUCCAGCAGCAUCUGAUUAUCAAGUGAAAAGUGGAGUGAAAGAUUCGAUCCGUUCGAUAAAAUUCUUAAGUGGAUAGGAUAGAAAAGGGAAAAGCGAACUAAUCUAGGGGAGACAGGGAUAUCAAAUCACUCUUGGCGGAGGACACAAGCCGCGCAUCCAAGAUGAAGCGGCGCAACGCGGAUUGCGGCAAACUUCGGCGGCCGAUUAAGCGCAACAAAAUCACAGAGGGCAUGUACGGCAGCACAACAGUGUUGUACAUGAAGUUUCUGAUCCUUUGGGCCAUCGUGAUGGUUGCCGACUUCAUGUUCAUGUUCCGCUUUGAGUUCUUGUGGCCAUUUUGGCUGCUCCUUCGCUCCGUACACGAUUCCUUCAAGUACAAGGGACUGGCAUUCUCCGUUCUGUUUGUGUGCAUAGCGAUAACGUCGGAUCUGGUCUGUUUGUUCUUUAUACCCGUUCAUUGGCUGCUCUUCGCAGCCAGUACAUAUGUUUGGGUGCAGUACGUCUGGCACACAGAUAAGGGUAUCUGUUUGCCGACCAUAAUACUCUGGAUGUUAUUUGUCUAUCUGGAGGUGGGCAUACGAUGGAAAGACAGUCGUCACAUGCCUCACUUGGAUCUCUGCCGGCCGUUCGCAGCGCACUGCAUUGGCUAUCCGGUUGUCACGCUCGGAUUUGGCUUCAAAAGCUACGUGGGCUACCGCAUGCGCCAGCGCAAGCAGCGCGAGGUGGCCAAGGACAACGAGUUCUACAUGCAGCUCCUGCAGCAGGCUCUGCCCGCGGAGGAGGCGGCCGACGAGGCGUCUGCGGGGGCGACAGGCGGCACAUCCAGCACCGUUGUGGUGGCCAACGGAUCGGCCACCUCGGCGGCUCUGGUCUCAUCGGCCGGAGCAAACGCGGCGAACGGCAUUUUGGCCACUGCCACGCAAGCACAAAACCAUCAUGAGCAUCAUCACAGCGGCGGCGCCGGCGCCAGCAGCAGCAGCUCGAGCAAUAGUAAUCAUCACCAUCACCACCAUCAUAGCAACAGUAGUAACAACAGCGGUAGCAGCCACAAUAGCAACGGUAGCAACAGCGGCGGCGGCGGCAAGGACAACAACAGUUCGGGCGACAGCACAACGGCGGCCGCUUCAGCGUCAUCGACAGCGUCUUCAGCAACGGGAGCUGCGGCAGCUACUUCGUCUGCGUCCACGUCCUCCGGCUCCUCAGCGUCAUCAUCGACGGCGGCGGCAGCGGGCAAGCAGUCGUCGGCGUCUGCCGCAUCCACAACCACAACAGGUGCAGCAACAACCACCUCUUCCACCACUCCCGUCUCAGCUCUCUCCGCUUUGGCUGCCAGUUCGGCGAAUCAGCAGCAACAGCAGCAGCAACAUCAGUCGAGGGCGGCAGCAUCUUCUGCCCGUUCUUCCUCCUCCACUUCCGAAGGUGCCGACGCUGACGGUUGUUGUGGUGCAACCUCCAAUGGUCACGCUGGUGGUUCAAGGAACCAUCGACGCAGCAUGGACAAGGAUAAGCAUCGCAACAAGGGUGACGCUGCUGAUAACGAGCACAACAAUGGAACCCGACACGGCGGGGGUAAAAAUAGCAGCAACAACUAUCACCAAGUCGAUAGCGGCGCUGCCACAGCAACCACAACAGUAACAGCCACAUCAAGUAAUAGUAAGGAUAAGGAUAAGGAGAAGUCAGACUGGGAUAGUAGCACCAACUAUCCACAACAACAGCAGCAGCAGGGCGGGAAGGAAAAGCACGAAAAAAAGGCAGGCAACGCUGUCCCAAACGGAAAUGCCAAUCACCUCGAAGUCGAGGAAACGCCUAGUGUGGAACCAGCACCACCGGCAGAAAAGGCGCCCAAGGGUCGACGCAAUCGCGGCAAGAAGGAUAAUGCUGCAAAGGACAAUCACAGCCAUCAGCAACAGCUGGCUCAGCAACAAAAGGAAAAGGACAAGGAGAACACAGCCAAUAACAACAACAAUGAUGCUAGUUCGGUAUCUUCUUCGGCGAGCUCCACAUCAAGCAAUGCCAUCGCACACUUGGCCAGCAAGGUGGUCUCAAAGAUCUGUGAAACCUGUCUCAAACUGGAAGCCGAUGUUAAGAAAUAUCGCGCCGAAAUCAGCCACAUGAAGCAAAUCGAAAAUGAACUUCGCCAGAAACUGGACGCCAAUCUCACCAGCAAGUCCACGUUGCAGGCCAAGCAGAAGGAGUGCGACGAGUUGGAGAAGCGCAUCCAAGAGCUAAACAACGCACGACACGCCGAUAUGCUCAAUCUGCAGACAGUGGAACGGAGGCUCAACGAGGAGCGUCGGCAGAAGCAAUCCCUGGACUCCCAGCUGGCCAACGAGAAAAAGGCUCGCAAGGUGGCCGAGGAGAAGGCAGCUCGCCCCGAGUGCAGUUCCCAGUGCAAGCAGCGGCGUCAGCAGAUGGAUGAGGAGCAAAAACGACUACGCAGCGAACUCAAACAGACGGAGGAGGCCAAGCAACAUGCCGUCGAACAUGGACGAAAAUUUGAACAAGAGUAUCGCAUGCUGGAGGCCAAAUUACGGAAUCGUGAAUCGUCGCAGCCCGACCCUGAGAUGCUAUUGAAUGCCCUGGCAGCCAUGCAGGAUAAAAACUCAACGCUGGAGAAGAAUCUAUCCGCAGAGACGAGAGUCAAGCUGGACUUGUUCUCGGCUCUGGGCGCUGCCAAGCGCCAGAUUGAAAUAUCUGACAACCAUCGUCGCUCCAAGGAGGAUGAGGUCAUUGAUCUCAAGGCAAAGAUUGCCCAACUUCUGGCCGUGAUGCCAGACAACUUGUGCAUGAACACAGGCCCACAUGGACCGGCGAGCAGCAUUCUGCGCAUGAACGACACGCCGCCGCUGCAGUCGGGUCCCGGACCGUCCUCGCCCAUGCUCAGCCUGAGUGCUGCGCAGGAUUACCAGCAGCAUCAGCAGCACCAACAGCAUCAGCAGCACCAGCAACAUCAGCAGCAGCAGCAGCAGCAACAUCAGCAGCAACAGCAGCAGCAUCAACAACAUCAGCAACAUCAACAGCACCAGCAACAUCAGCAGCAUCAGCAACACCAGCAGCAUCAGCAACACCAGCAGCAUCAGCAACAGGGCGGCGGAGGUCCUGUCUCCCAGCAGCAAAUGGUGCCCGUCAGCGUGGCGGCUGCCUUCCAAGUUGCUGCGGCCAAUGCUGCUGCUGCCAACGGCAACGCCGGCUCAACGCUGGAUCCGAAUGCUAGCGUGUACACGCCCAAGACGGGCAACAUGAUGGUGGUGUCGCCGGUGGGCAUGAACCCCAACGGUGCGGAUGCCUGACGCCAACAGCAGCAGCAACAGCAGCAGUCCUUGACGUCGUCGUCGUCGUCGUCCUCGCAUCUGCAUCUGCGACGACAAGUUUGAGAUUAUUAUACUUUAUAUGAAUUAGGGAAAACAAACGCAAGCAACCGUCGCCACAGCAAACGAUGAGCAGCACGAAAUCCGGUGCCGGAUCCAAGCAGUUUGCAUACAAUAUCUGAAUGUCCGUAAUAUGAAUAAGCAGUUUCCUUUAAAAUUUAAAAAACACCGCCACAAAAGCGCAGGCAGCACUGAUGAAUGCAGCUACAAAUUGCUGAACAUUUUCCGUUUUACAUUUUUCUUCAAAAUCUGCAAACAAAACAGUUUCCUCCUUGAAUUUGGCAUUCCAAUUGAAAUUUUUCUUGAAGGCCUUAAUGACUCACUCCGAUUGAAAAUUCUCAGCUCAUUCAAACCCUCUUAAUUGAAUCGGCUGCCCCGCCACCACACCAUACACACAUUCAGUAUCUCCCUCUUAACACGAAAAGUAAAUGAUUACUUUAACAAGAUGAUUUGGAAACUCGAAUCACAUUUGAAAAAAAAAACAAAAAAACAAAUAAGAACAGAACACAAAUUUCUAAAAAUAAUAACAAAAUGAAAAUGGCGAUUCGUAUUUUAAUUAAUGAUGAUAGCCAGGGAAACUACCCCAUGAUCCUUUGUACAAUGUUUUUCAUUUUUACCGAACGCUGUGAGAGAGUUGGACCAACCUAAGUGAUGGCCUUUGAUCUUGGGGAGAUCGCAGCUGCCCUGCUCGACCUCUGCCCCCUGAUUCAAUGGAAUAUAUUUUUGAAGUCUGCGCCCUUGAUUUAUUAUCUCAUUAAAUUAUUUUUGUUAUAAAACCUUAAAUGUAUGCUAUAAUUUAGAACUUACCAUUUUUGAAAAACAUCAAACGAAAAACGAUUUUCUUUUAAGUUUUAAUUUAUUUUUGUUUAGUUCUGCUGUUCCUAAGAAAGAAAAAAAUCGAAAACAACUAAGAGAAACGCUUUGGUUUAUUUACGAGAAGUGAAACGUCGACUAUUUUGUUUAAUAAUAAAAUAACCAUUCGCUGCGAGAAGCAAGUACA